UGUCUGGUCUGGUCUGGCCUUGUCUUUCGAAGUGGUAGACUGACCAGCCAUGCCUCUUCCAUGGAAGAAAUCCAAGGUUGGUCGGAUUUCUCGCUUCGUUGCCGAUCUCCGGUCACCGUCCAAGCAUGGAGGAUCUCUCGUCGUCGAGACUGGUUUCCCGACCUCCGUCAUAGAUCUGAUCGUGAAGAAUCGAGAUCGGUUGAAGAAGAAACCUUUGACGAAGAAAAAGAAAGAACUAGCUUCGGAGGAAUUGGAGCCCGUAACUUUCCCUUCCAGUUCCACUGACUCUUCGGAUUUUUCAAAUUCCGAUUUGGUGAGUUCGAACCAUUCUGCUAGUCCCGUGGUUUCAGCUACUAAGAUUAACAACUCAAACCGGCCACCGACUGGUAAGAAAAUUCCUCCUUUGGUUGCUAAUGUGGUCGAAGAUGUGGCGUCUAAAGGAGUGGUUUGGUGGAGUAGGACUUUUAUGAUUACUGUUAAGGUGCUUUUCAUGUUGAUUCUGGCUUUGGCAACGAAGAAGCUCGUCGUUGGUAUCACAAUAUCGACCUUUCUUCUUCUGUUUCUUGAAUUUUUGGUUUUACGAGUUUUUUGUCACUUGCAUCCAAUUCAAUGUCCGGAAGCGCUUCGGCCAAGAACAGGGUUGAUCACAGAGAAUGUAUCUAGUUCGAGUGGAAUAUGUCCAUCGUCAAUCGAUGAAAUUAAACUUGUAGAUAUUGAUUUUGAUUCCUUUGGUAGCGAGAGAAGAUGGGGAAUCGGUUUGACUGACGAUUAUCGAUCCUGUAGCUGUAGCGAAGAAAUCAAACUCGUGGAACCUGGUUUCCAUAUGAUUGAUAAAAGAUGGAGUUCAGAAACAGAUACUAAUUUGCAUGAGCGAAGAUGGAGAUCGCAUACCGGUUUUGAUUUGAGCGAACGAAGAUGGAGAACUGAUUUGAGUAAAAUUGAUCAAGCUCGGUGCGAAGAAAUUCAACCAUCAAAGCCUGAUUCUAGAUUGUUAACUCGUGAGAGAAGAUGGGGAACUGAUUCGAGAGAUAUCGGUAAUGCUCAAACCCUUGAAGUUAAUACAAGGAGAUAUGGUUUGAGCGAGGGUGGUCAAGUUCAAAAGAAAGAAAUUCAAGUUGUAGAACUUGAUUCGGAUCUAACCAGUCAUGGGAAGAGAAGGGGAACGCGUUUCAGUGAGGGUGGUCAAGCUCGAAGCAGAGAAAUUCAAUUUGUAGAACCAUAUGUGGGCUUGUUUAGUCGUGAGAAUAGAUGGGGAUUUGCAGUUUCAACCAAAAGGGGGAAGAAUUCAGAGAAAGUAGAGCAAAUUAUUCAAAGUGCAGAGCUCAGAAAUCAUAAGACAAGCAAUGGUAAAAUCAAACCGAAGAAGCUGUUAAAGAAGCUGGUUCCAAAGAAGUUCCGUAGCUCAAAGAAAGCAGGUGAUCACGAGAACCAAACUGAUUUAAGUGGUGAAUUAUUCGUUAGCUGGGCUGAAGAGGAAGCAAUCACAGGGGAAGGACAAGAACAGAGAGAAGAAGAAGGAGAGCCAGAAGAUGAAGAAGAACAAUUGGAGGAAAAAGAAGAAGAGGGAGAGAAGGAAGUCAAUGGCUCUGAUUAUGUUUCACAGAUGAACACUAAUGCCGAUUUGAUUGAAGGAAAUGGAAGAAGAACAGAGGAUAAGUAUAGGUAUAUAUUAACGAUUCUGAUCGUUCUCGCUGGACUUGUACAAGGUCGAUUUAUGGCAAUUGUCCUCACCAUUGCAUGGUGUCUACUGGAAAAAUCAAUACAAACUGUGACAAGAAUAUUGAAGAUAACUUAAAAAAUCAGUUCA